UGAAUCCAGUAACCCGAGUUCAAAUCUCGGUGGAACCUUUUUUGUCCGAUUAACAAUCGAUUCAGUUGAUAAUAGGCGGGAGUCAAAGCCCUUCCACCCUUUUUCCUAUUUUUUUUCAGUUGGCAAUAGGCGGGAUUCAAAGCCCUUCUUGAAUAGGGGAAUUCAAAACCUUAAUUUGGACUCAAAACCCUAAAUCGUUAAUUCCGACUUAGUAAUUUCGAAAUCUUAUUAUUAGUUUUUUUUUUCGAUUGGCAAUAGGUGGAGUCAAAACCCUUAUUGAAUAGGGAUUCAAAACCCCAUUUUGUCUGUUCCAAUUUAGCAAUUUAAAAUAACUUUCUUUAAUCUCUAUCAUGGAGGCUGCAAGUCGCGAGAAAAUCGAAGAAACAGUAAAGGAAAUUCUUAAGCAUGGGGACAUGGAGGAGAUGACUGAGUUCAAGGUCCGGAUGACGGCCUCUGAGCGACUGGGUGUCGAUCUCUCUGACGCUGAUAACAAGAAGUUUAUCAGAGGCGUGUUGGAGUCCUUUUUGCUUUCUACCAUCGAAGACACUUGCGAUGCUAAAGAGACGGAUUCAAAUGUUCAAGAAGAGACGGAACACCAACAAAUCAAACUAGAGAAACAAUGUAAUGAGAACGGAGAUCGUGUCAUGUGUCAGCUUUCAAACAAGAGGAGGGUGGUGAUUCAAGAAUUUAGGGGGAAAGCUCUUGUAUCAAUUAGAGAAUACUAUCAGAAAGAUGGAAAGCAACUUCCAUCCGCUAGAGGAAUUAGUUUAACAAGUGAGCAAUGGGUAGCCUUCAGGAAAAGUGUCCCUGCAAUAGAAGAAGCUGUGAUGAAGAUGCAAUCGAAGUUAAGAUCUGAAUCUAAAGGUGAACAAAAGGAAGAUGUGCCAAAUUCAGUGACUUCACCAGUUGAACUUUCUCCUGCAGAGCCCAACCGUUUCAAUGGGAAGGAUUACCUCUCGUGGGCGCCACGAAUGGAAUUUUUCUUAAAGCAAUUACAGAUUGCUUAUGUCCUCACUGACCCUUGCCCUAGCGUUACUUCAAAUGCACAAGCAAAUAGUGAAGAAAUUUUUAAACUGAAGACUGCUGAACAGAAAUGGUUGAAUGAUGACAACACGUGUCACCGCCACAUUUUAAACUCUCUAUCUGAUCAUCUCUAUUACCAGUACUCAGAUAAAACUAAGAGUGCUAAAGAAUUGUGGGAAGAGCUAAAAUUAGUUUACCUUUUUGAAGAAAUUGGAACAAAGAGAUCUAAAGUUAAGAAGUACAUUGAAUUUCAGAUGGUUGAUGAAAAAUCAAUCCUUGAGCAAGUUAUGGAACUUAAUAAUAUUGCUGAUUCCGUUGUUGCUGCUGGAAUGUUGAUUGAUGAGAGCUUUCAUGUUAAUGUUAUCCUUUCCAAGCUUCCACUGUCUUGGAAGGGCCUCUGCAUAAAGUUGAUGCAUGCGGAACAUCUUUCUUUCUUGACUUUGAUGGAUCAUAUAAAGGCUGAGGGAGAGACUUGCGAGCGAAACAGUCAAGGGGGGCCAUCCAAGCUUCUAGACCCUCUAGCCAUAAAUUUUGGACCAAGGAUGAAAGAAAUGAAGAGGCCAGGGAUGAGCUGGAAGAGGCGAGAAUCAGAGAUUGAUGGCAAGACCAUAGUGUGUUACAAUUGUGGGAAGAAGGGGCACAUGUCCAAACAUUGUCGUAAUAGGAAAUUUGACAAGGAAAUCAAUGAGAGACAGAACGGGGACAAUUCAACUACACCUGCUGAAACAGGAGGUUAACGUGAUUAUGAACAGCAUGGAAUAGGCGAGUAGCUGACUGCCGCUGAGAAGUUACAACCAUU